CAGCACUGAACUGACGAGGUCCUUCUGCGACAGGGAAGGAAUAAUUUACCCAGCAAAUAUACCUAAUGUUUACUUUGACACAAAUCAAAGCAUGCCCGCCGAACGCAAGAAGUCGGUGAACAUGGAGGAGAAAGAGACGUGCUCGGAGAAGGAGAAGGAGAAGGAGAAGGAGAAAGAAGGCGAGAGGAGGCCCGGCUCCUCCCGGGAGAAAGGCAAGGACGAAGGCAAGGCGGGCGGGAAAAAAGACAACGGUAAGGCGGCGGCGGAGGAGAAGAGAAGGCGGCAGGAAGAGGAGAAGAGGAAGAAGGAGGAGAAGGACCGCAAGAAGAAAGAGGAGGAGAGGCUGAAAGCGGAGGAGGAGCAGAGACAGAAGGAGGAGGAGGAGAAGACGCGGCAGCAGGAGGAAGAGGAGAAGAGGAGGAUGCAGGAGGAAGAGGAGAGGAGGCAGCGCGAGGAGGAGGCCACACGACUCAAAGAGAAGGAGGAGGCCCACCAGCUGCACCAGGAGGCAUGGGAGCGGCACCAGUCGCGCAAGGAGCUGCGGGCGCGCAACCAGAGUGCGCAGGAGGCGCGGCCCGAGGAGGCCUUCUUCGGCCGCCUGGACUCCAGCCUGAAGAAGAACACGGCGUUCGUGCGGCGGCUGCGCACGCUGACCGAGCAGCAGCGCGAGGCGCUCUCGGCUGACUUCGCCGCGCUCAACCUCAGCAAGUACAUCGCUGAGGCGGUGGCGGCCGUGGUGGAGGCCAAGCUGAAGAUCUCGGAUGUGGGCUGCGCCGUGCACCUGUGCUCGCUCUUCCACCGGCGCUAUGCCGACUUCGCGCCGCUGCUGCUGCAGGCCUGGCGGCGCCACUUCGAGGCGCGCAAGGAGGAACGGGCGCCCAACAUCAGCAAGCUGCGCACCGACCUGCGCCUGGUGGCCGAGCUGACCGUGGCCGGCCUCUUCACCGACCGCGAGGGCCUGUCGCUCAUCUACGAGCAGCUGAAGGCCAUCAUCGGCGCCGACCGCGAGGCGCACACGCACGUCUCCGUGGUGAUCAGCUUUUGCAAGCACUGCGGCGACGACGUGGCGGGCCUGGUGCCGCGGCGCGUGCGGGCCGCCGCCGACAAGUUCGGCCUGGCGUUCCCGCCCAGCGAGAUCAUCAGCGCCGAGAAGCAGCAGCCUUUCCAGAACCUUCUGAGGGAGUACUUCACCUCGCUCACCAAGCACCUGAAGAAGGACCACCGCGAGCUGCAGAACAUUGAGAGGCAGAACAGGCGCAUCCUGCACUCCAAGGGCGAGCUGAGUGAGGACCGCCACAAGCAGUACGAGGAGCUGGCCACCUCCUACCAGAAGCUGCUGGCCAACACGCAGACGCUCGCUGACCUGCUGGAUGAGAACAUGCCUGAGCUGCCCCAGGACAAGACCGUGCAGGAAGAGCAUGGCCCAGGCAUCGACAUCUUCACCCCAGGGAAGCCAGGGGAGUACGACCUGGAGGGGGGCAUCUGGGAAGACGAAGACGCCCGCAACUUCUACGAGAACAUGGUGGACCUGAAGGCCUUCGUCCCUGCCAUCCUGUUCAAGGACAAUGAGAAGAGCGUGCAGGGGCGGGACAAGGAAGACAACAAAGAUCCCAAAGAGGCGAAGGAGGCGGCUGCCACAGAGGAGCUGGAGCUGGAGCUGGAGACGCUGGACAUCGGCGGCGACGACGGGCUGGAGCUGGAGGCCGGGGAUGAGGCUGAGGGCGACGAGCUGGCCAAGAAGCUGCUGGACGAGCAAGAACAAGAGGAUGAGGAGGCCAGCACAGGCUCCCACCUGAAGCUCAUCGUGGAUGCCUUCAUCCAGCAGCUGCCCAACUGCGUCAACCGGGACCUGAUAGACAAGGCCGCCAUGGACUUCUGCAUGAACAUGAACACCAAGGCCAACAGGAGGAAGCUGGUGCGAGCGCUCUUCACUGUCCCAAGGCAACGGCUGGACCUGCUGCCCUUCUACUCGCGGCUGGUGGCCACGCUGCACCCCUGCAUGAGUGACGUGGCGGAGGACCUGUGCUCCAUGCUCAAGGGGGACUUCCGCUUCCACAUAAGGAAGAAGGACCAGAUCAAUAUCGAAACGAAAAACAAGACCGUGAGGUUCAUCGGGGAGCUUGCCAAGUUCAAGAUGUUCUCCAAAACGGACACUCUCCACUGCCUGAAGAUGCUGCUGUCGGACUUCUCCCACCACCACAUCGAGAUGGCCUGCACUCUGCUGGAGACCUGCGGCAGGUUCCUCUUCAGGUCCCCUGACUCCCACCUGCGCACCAGCGUGCUCCUGGAACAGAUGAUGCGUAAGAAGCAAGCCAUGCACCUGGACGCACGCUACGUCACCAUGGUGGAGAACGCCUACUACUACUGUAACCCGCCGCCCGUGGAGAAGGCCGUGAGGAAGAGGAGGCCGCCACUGCAGGAGUACAUCCGCAAGCUGCUCUACAAGGACCUGUCGAAGGUCACCACCGAGAAGGUGCUGAGGCAGAUGCGCAAGCUGCCCUGGCAGGACAUGGAGGUGAAGAGCUACCUGAUCUGCUGCAUGGUCAACAUCUGGAACGUCAAGUACAACAGCAUCCACUGCGUGGCCAACCUGCUGGCGGGGCUGGUGGCCUACCAGGAGGACGUGGGCAUCCACGUGGUGGACGGGGUGCUGGAGGACAUCCGGCUGGGCAUGGAGGUGAACCAGCCCAAGUUUAACCAGCGGCGCAUCAGCAGUGCCAAGUUCCUGGGGGAGCUGUACAACUACCGCAUGGUGGAGUCGGCCGUCAUCUUCCGCACCCUCUUCUCCUUCAUCUCGUUCGGGGUGAACCCGGAUGGGACUCCCAGCGCGCUGGACCCCCCCGAGCACCUGUUCCGCAUCCGCCUGGUCUGCACCCUGCUGGACACCUGCGGCCAGUACUUCGACCGUGGCUCCAGCAAGAGGAAGCUGGACUGCUUUCUCAUCUACUUCCAGCGGUAUAUCUGGUGGAAGAAGAGUCUGGAGGUGUGGACGAAGGAGCACCCGUUCCCCAUCGAUAUCGACUACAUGAUCAGCGACACACUGGAGCUGCUGAGGCCCAAGAUGAGGCUGAGCACCUCACUGGAGGAGGCCACCCGGCAGGUCUCCGAGCUGGAGAGGGAGUUCCUGCUCAAGCUGGGCCUGGCCAUGGAGAAGGACGGCAAGUGCUCCAGUGCCGUGGGUGAGGGGGAGGCCCUGGACGAAGAGGACGAUGACGAAGAUGAGGAGGGCGGGGCCGAGACUGAGGAGCAAUCUGGGAACGAGAGCGAGAUGAACGACCCCGAGGAGGAGGAGGGGUCCGAGAACGAGGAAGAGGAGCGAGAGGAAGAGGAGGAGGAGAACACUGACUACCUGACGGACUCCAACAAAGAGAACGAGACAGACGAGGAGAACAAUGAGGUGACCAUAAAGGGAGGGGGACUGAAGCAUGUGGCUUGUGCGGAGGAUGAGGACUUCAUUCAGGCUCUGGACAAGAUGAUGCUGGAGAAUCUUCAGCAGCGUAGUGGUGAGUCAGUGAAGGUGCACCAGCUGGACGUGGCGAUCCCGCUGCAGCUGAAGAGCCAGCUGAAGAAGGGCCCGCCCCCGGCCUGCAGCACCGAGGGUGACACUGACAUCACUGACACCAUGCAGUUCGUCAUGCUCACCAGGAAGGGCAACAAGCAGCAGUUUAAGAUCCUGAACGUGCCACUGUCCUCUCACCUGGCCGCCAAUCACUUCAACCAGCAGCAGGCGGAGCAGGAGGAGCGGCUGCGCAUGAAGAAGCUGACCCUGGAUAUCAAUGAGAGGCAGGAGCAGGAGGACUACCAGGAGAUGAUGCAGUCCCUGGCCCAGCGCCCUGCCCCCGCCAACACCAACCGAGAGCGGCGGCCGCGGUACCAACACCCCAAAGGAGCGCCCAACGCUGACCUCAUCUUCAAGACCGGGGGAAGGAGACGCUGAAGGGGGCGGAGAUCGAGCGGAGCUCCGGGAGAGUCCACCACCGGCCAACUGAGAGAGGAGCGCAGAUGCCACCCCCCCGCCUCACCAUUGGGGAAAACGGCUGUUCACACCAGAGGAGGGGGAGGGUG